UACCAGCAACCCUUGGGCAUCUGGCAUCGAGGGAGCACGGGGACCCUGGGUUUCCUCCUGCUGUCAGUGGCCUGAGGCAUGGCAAAGGAUGAAAAUGUCCCUCUUCAUGGACAUGGAGUUUGGGAUGAGUGAACCAACACCUCUCAAGGCAGCAGAGCCUUUUAGCUCUGCUACAGACAAAUCUUGCCUGGAAGCGCUGCGAUCUGAGAUGUCUUUGGGCUUUCUUUUUACCAGCCCUUACUGUGAGGCUUUAGAGCUGGUGCUGAGCAGAUGCAUGGAGAAGAGAUGGCUGCUGCUGCUAUGGAGGCAGGGAGCGUGGGCAUCCCUCAAAAACCCGCAGGCUCACGCUGAUGGUGUGUGUCUCCUGACGAGUGUCCUGCUUCACAACCAGCUCGUCACAAGGGGCGUGAUAUGGGCCCUCUCCCAGUGGCUGAACUCCCCCUCGGGAAACCUGCAGCUCACAGCGACAGCUUUCUUUGCUGAGCUGAUGAAGGAUCCGCCAGUCAUGGAGAAGAAGUUCCUGGAAAGUGUCCUAGGUGUCUUGGUGGAGAAGUCACAGCACGGAAUCGGCGCCGUGCGGCAGAUGGCAGUGAGAGGCCUGGGCAACGCCGUCAGGGGAGCACCCAAGGAGGUGCACAAGCACAAGGCGGCCAUCCUGGAGGUGCUGCAGAGGGGCCUGGAGAACACCACGUGUCCUGUGGUGGCUGCUGAGAGCAUGCUGGCGCUGGCUGAGGUGGUGAGGAAGCUGAAGGCAGAGGGCUUGGGGUCUGCCUUCAAAGAUAUUGCCAGGUCCACCAAGAUGUUCUUGGAGGCGGAGCCAGAUGUCCUUCGCUUCUCAGCCUUCAGCCUCUAUGCUGUCCUGGCCUCCUCCGCCUCAGGGAAAAGAUCAUUCUUCACCAGAGAAGUGUGGGAGACCUGGGUCAGCCUUCUCUUGCACCUCCGGGAUCCUGACCCUGAAGUUUCCAAUGUGUGCAGGACCACUCUCUACGUCUGCGCUCCGUUUCUGGUGCUGGAGCGGGUGCAGGAGAGCAUCGUCACCUCCAUCGGGCUGAGCGCAGCCCAGCUGCAGUACGAGGUUUGCCAUUGCCUGGUCAGAGAUGCCCCUGCUAUGUUGGAGAAGCUCCACAGCAUCGCCAGGAGCCGCCGCCUCGAGAACGGCCAAGCGCUGCACCCUGCCGCCGUUGCAGUCCUAGGAGACAUCCUGGAAAAAACAAGAGGCCUUAGCGGCUCUUGGCAGCAGCCGGAAUGAGGCUCCUAUCUUCAGGUAGGUUUGAGCGGAGCUGAGCUCUGGCUCUGCAGGUCAGGGAGGAGGUCAGAGGCUUGGCAGCAAAAAGCCUGGCUUGGAGCAGAAGGGGGAGCACGCAGCAAGACCAGCUCCUCAUCACCCCUCCUGUGUCACUGCAGCUUUCCAUCGCCUGCGGCCAGGGGCAGACAGCAUCUUCUGCCGCUGUGGACCACGAUGGGCCAGGGGUACUUGUGGCAAUAAAUUUCCUUUCCUGGU